AUGGGGCCCUCUCGGCUUCUUCGUGCCCCCCGGCCCCGGGGCAUGAGUUCCCCCUAUCCCAGGCCGGGUAUGGGCUGUCCUCGGCCUCGGGUCCCCAAGAUGUUCAAGCGUAGCUACAGAACAUACCAUAAGAAACCCCAAGCUCCAGCCACCACCAGACGUGCCACCAUGACCACAAACAUCAGGAAUACCCGCACUGCUUCCACUAGCGUGUGGAUCCUCUCACCUCGAGUUCUCAGACACCUCUGUCAACCGGGGAGCUUUCUGAUCCUCUAG